AUGGCAGCAACCUUCUUGCCACCUGACGCUGCCCAGAAAGGCACUAACAACGGGUACGGAAUGCAGUACGGAAUGUACAACAACACCGAUGAGGUGUAUGGUCAAGCCCCGUACUUGAACAACAACGGCUUUCAUGCUGCAAACAACUUUGCUGAGAACAACUACGCCUUCCAGGAUGCCGUGAAAGCAUACAACAACGGCGGCAACAUGCCUGGAUUUCCCCAAAACGGAUUUGGCGGAGGUUUCCAGAACGAAGCGCAGAUGCCAGACUACAAUGGGUUUGGCUGGCGCCAGGAAUACUCGCAGGGAACAGGGCCCGAAUACGAGGCACAGGAACUUUGGUCAGCAGAGGCAGACGAAGAGUUUGCCCAGGUCCACGUCUUUGGACCUCAGGGGGAGCAAGUGCCUGGAGCAGUCACCACCUUCCAGCAAGCCCAGGGGAUGUUUCCACAAAUCCUGGUUCACAAGCUGAUAGAAGCAGGCUUCACGGCACCUACACCUAUCCAGGCACACACUUGGGCCAUCGGCGUGGCCGGUCGUGACCUCAUCGGCAUCGCCAAGACUGGCAGCGGCAAGACCCUCGCGUUCCUGAUGCCCGGCUUUCUGAAGAUCACACAAACUCGGUCCAGGCUGCCUCAGCUCUGCGUGCUUGCGCCCACGCGUGAGCUGGCCUGCCAGAUCGAGUCUGAGGCCGACCGCUUCGGUCGCGCAGCAGGAAUUCGCACAGCAUGCUGCUAUGGUGGGGCUCCGCGCGGCCAGCAGCUUGGUGCCCUGCGCCGUGGCGCUCAGGUCAUCGUUGCAUGCCCAGGGAGACUGAACGAUUUCCUCUCCAGUGGAGCCGUCAGCUUGUCAAACGUUUCCUACCUCGUUUUGGAUGAAGCAGAUCGGAUGCUUGAUAUGGGCUUCGAGCCACAGAUCAGACAAGUCAUUCAGCAAAUACCAGAAGACCGGCAGACGCUCCUAUUUACUGCAACGUGGCCCCGAGAGGUUCGUUCCUUGGCAAGCGAGUUUCUCAAGCGACCCUUCCAUGUGCAAACUGGCGCAGUCCACGAGAUGACAGUGAACAAAGACAUCGAGCAACGCGUCGUCUUCUGCUCUGACGAGGCGGACAAGGCUCAGCAGCUCCUUCAGAUCCUGCACUCGCUGGGUCGUGGGGACCGCUGCUUGAUCUUCUGCGAGAUGAAGCGUUCCUGUGAGAUCCUUGCCAACGACCUGAUGCAGUACCACGGAGUGCCAGCCGUCCGCAUUCACGGAGACAUGGCCCAGUACGAGCGGACCGGGGCCCUGGAGGCUUUCAAAAGUGGCCAGAGCCCUAUUCUUUGCGCCACAGAUGUCGCUGCACGUGGGCUGGACAUCAAGGGCGUCACCUGCGUCAUCAACUACGACUCCGCAAGCUCCGCAAAGGACUACGUCCACCGAAUUGGAAGAACCGGGCGCGCCGGCCAGAAAGGGUUGGCCUACUCCCUGCUCUUACUCCAAAAGGAGGAUAAGAAAGCCUUUGAAAUUGCUUCCGUUCUUGUUCGCAGCGGCGCAGUCAUUCCCCCAGAGCUCGAGAAGUACGCCACCCAACAGACUUCCGGCAAAGGAAGGGGCAAAGGCAAAGGGAAAGGAAAGGGCAAAGGCAAAGGCAAGGAUGGCAAAAGCGGAGGCUCUAAGGGCAGAGGCAAGGGAAAAGCUGGAGCCAAAGGGAAAAGCCAGUUUUGA